GCUGGGCGGUGGUUGAGGCUGCUGGUAGUUAGGAUCGAUUCUGCUGUUGCUUAAGUCGCCGCGGCGGGCAGCAGCGGUAGUAUUGGGUUAGAUCAAUGAAGGGGCAUUUAUGGCAGGCUGGCCAGCUGAAGCUGUAGGCUCAGCGCGGCUUCGCUGCCGCCGGUGAUCCCAGGAGAGGGAAGGAGGACGACGGGCGCGUUGCAUGAGAGACUCAGCCCGGGGAGAGGGGGGUGGAGGCAGAGCAGGCGGAGGCGUCGAGCCAGCAGCCAGCUGCAGGAGCAGAGACCCGUCCCAGCAGCCGGGGAGAGAGAGGCGUUUUCCAGCGGUCGCCUCCCUGAAUCGCGCCCCAGCCAACUUGCUUCCCGUCCGCAGGGGAAGUUCGGGCUUAGGCUGGGCAAUGAUUUUCCCCAAUAGCAGCAGCAACUCUGCGGGCGGCAGCCGGACUCCAUAUAGGAAGCAGCAGCCCAUUGUGCCUGCCCAUCCAAUGGCUCCUCCUAGCCCCAGUAUCACCAGCAGCAAUAACAACAGCAGCAGCAGCAGCAACUCAGGAUGGGAUCAAUUAAGUAAAACAAACCUGUAUAUCAGAGGGCUGCCUCCAAAUACCACUGACCAGGACUUAGUAAAGUUAUGUCAACCAUAUGGGAAAAUUGUAUCUACGAAAGCUAUUUUGGAUAAAACAACAAACAAAUGCAAAGGUUAUGGUUUUGUGGACUUUGAUAGUCCAGCUGCAGCUCAGAAAGCCGUAUCUGCCCUGAAAGCCACUGGAGUUCAAGCACAGAUGGCAAAGCAACAGGAGCAGGAUCCAACUAAUUUAUAUAUUUCAAAUUUGCCACUUUCAAUGGAUGAACAAGAGCUUGAGAACAUGCUAAAACCUUUUGGACAAGUUAUCUCAACAAGAAUACUUCGUGAUUCCAAUGGCACAAGUCGUGGAGUUGGCUUUGCAAGGAUGGAAUCAACAGAGAAAUGUGAAGCAGUGAUUGCUCAUUUCAAUGGAAAAUUUAUUAAAACCCCACCAGGAGUUUCUGCUCCUACAGAACCUUUGUUGUGCAAGUUUGCGGAUGGAGGACAAAAAAAGAGACAGAAUCAGAACAAAUAUAUACAAAAUGGAAGAGCAUGGCACAGAGAAGGCGAGGUGAGACUUGCUGGGAUGACACUCACUUACGAUCCAACUACAGCUGCUUUACAAAACGGAUUUUACCCCUCACCAUACAGUAUUGCAACAAACAGAAUGAUCACUCAAACAUCUAUCACGCCAUAUAUAGCUUCUCCAGUUUCUACAUACCAGGUGCAGAGUCCCUCCUGGAUGCAGCCUCAACCAUAUAUAAUGCAGCAUCCUGGGGCUGUAUUAACUCCUUCCAUGGAGCACACCAUGUCUUUGCAGCCGGCAUCAAUGAUAAGUCCACUGACCCAACAGAUGAGCCACCUUUCAUUGGGCAGCACUGGAACAUACAUGCCUGCCACAACAGCUAUGCAAGGAGCUUAUAUUCCCCAGUAUACACAUGUUCCCACUGCAGCUGUUCCAGUUGAGGAGGCCAGUGGUCAGCAGCAAGUUACAGUAGAAACAUCCAGUGAUCAUUCUCCAUACACUUAUCAGCAAAACAAGUAAUUGUGAGAUACGUUGGUGGUGACCUUGCUAGAGAAGGAUGCAAAGGCUGAAACAAUCAUGGAUUUUACUGAUCAAUUGUGCUUUAGAAAUUAUUGACAGUUUUGCACAGGUUCUUGAAAAAGUUAUUUAUAAUGAAAUCAACUGAAACUAUUUUUGCUAUAAGUUCUAUAAGGUGCAUAAAGAAAAAGAAAAAAAAAAUCUUAAAAUUCAUCCUAGUAGCUGUUCCCUUUCCCUCCCCCCUCAAACAGGUUUAUUUUAGUAUGAAAUUUUUUAUCAAGUGUUAUGACGCAAAAAAAAAAGAAAAAAAGAAAAAAAACCUUUAAAAAUAAUUCCGGUCACGCACAGC